AUGAAAGAUCGGCUUGAAGGUGCUUCUGGAGACCAGCUCUCGGAUGACUUUAUCUUCGGCAUCAUCAUGGCGACCGUUGCCGAGUCGAGGAUAUCGCCACCGGGUGUCUCCAACAUACACCUAAAAGCUUAUGAGGCCGUCGUCGCAGCUAGGGGAGGUCUCAGGGCCAUUCUUCUUGCUUCAGCCGAUCCCAUCCCCCACACAAGCCAUUUGAUGCCGCUGGUCGUUAGCGAGCCUCUACCCGACGAAGUUGUUUUUCAGGAACACUACUCUGACCAAGCUAUUGACGUCCUCCAAUUUCUGGCCAAAGGUGAAAAUAAGGUCGAUCCCUCAAAGUUGAUCUUCAGCACCACAGACAAGCAAGUUCCACACAAAUCUCAGCGAGCUUCAGCGCUAAAGUUGACAAUGGAUGACGACUUAUAUCCACCCCUGGCUUCCAAGGCCAUUGAACCGUUCCUGCAACCAGAUACCUGGGAAUAUCCAAGGUAUACCAAGAUCUCCUCGCAUUUCCUGGCCUUGUUCAUCAUGGUAUCAACGUUGUGGAAGUUGCGGAGGACUUCUUUGCUGCAGAGAUUCUUCCUUGACCGAGUGGACACCCUAUUCGUAAAGAGCAGCGCGCUGGACUCCAAUGGGAAAUAUGUGAUCAACCUCGAGGGCUUCUCGUGGCUCGUGAUCAAAGCGGCAUUUGAGGUCUACGAAGCCUUUGGCGACAAAAAGGUCAUCCACUGCAAUAAAGUGGACAUGCUGAUGGACGCUGCCUCCGGAUUGAAACUUCUGAUGGUCUGCGAUGAGCCCGUCAGAAGGGAUUUGAUUGCGUUCCUCUGUCGAUGUCUCCUCGAUAUUCGCGAGACGCCUAGUAUUGACAGUGAUUAG